UCUGAGAAAAACCAUACCACGUAGGUCUACAGCAUUGCAGGUAAAGACGGCAGCUUAAAAAUUAAAAUAUUUUGAAUUCAAUUUAGUCACCUUUAAACAUUAGAAAGGCAGGCAUGUUUUAGGGCUAUAACGUUAGGCUAUUGUACAAAAAGUUAACGUUACCCUUGUUCAUCAUCAAUGUCGCAGCUGCUGGAUGUAGCUCAAUUAAGACAGGUUGGUAAUUUAGUCCAGUUUUCAAUUCCCAUUCAUAAACGUUACCACAGCGUUGCGUUCAGAAUAUUGUCUAUAUAGUCCACUAAAGCACUAGUACUGCACACAAUACCAUAUCUGUCAACAUAAUUCGCGUUUCGCACGUUUUCAAUAGCAUGUCAACAAUUUCGUAUACAGCGCUUCCGCUCUUCCGCAUCCGCGUGUCUCAAAAGAGAAGAGGGCUGCUCUCAGGGGUUCAGAUAUAUCUUCACAGCGCCGCAACAGGAUGAACUCAGUACUGCAGCUAGAUACACCAAACCGCCUGUUAAAUAACGUCCACGACCACGAUACAUAAUUAAUAAGCUCUACAUGUUUUUGGAGCUACAACAAGGAAAGUGUGCUUUAUCUUUGCCCUCCUGAUUGUAGCCUAUGUGUAACAUGGCAUACAGUAGUUUACACCAAACAUAUAGCCUAGGAAUGACUCAUUUGCCAAUAUUUACGACACAGACACUCAUUGUAUCAUUUUAAAUGUUCCAAUUUCAUAAUAUAGCAUAUUGUAGGCUAUACAUUUUUAAAUGUUUAGUCGGUGAUAUUGUAUCUGCCUAACACGUCACGUGAUGCGAGAGGCAGGCAAAGCAAGUUUUCGUUCCUGUAAAAUGAAAGUGAAAGUAGGCUAUAUCUUUCUACUUUCAAUUCGGUGUGCUCGAGCAACACGAAGAUAUUUCUACCAAUGAAUAAUCAUGAGUCUAAUCUUAAAGAUACUUAGUUACUUGUAUCUAUAUGCAGCUGUGCAGUGUGUCCAUCAGGUGUCAUGGCUGCCCUGUCAGUUCAUUGAUGAACAUGUGUUUGUGAAUAAUGAGGGUCACACCGAGACUCAGCUCAUCCACAGAGAGGCUAUGCUGCAGUUUGGUCAAAAAGGAGACACUCCUGUCAACCCACAUGCCCUCACUUUCCUGAUCGCCGGAUCUAAGCUGGACCUGCGGCGGUACGUAGAGGGAGUGGAAGCAGAGCAGUUGGAGUGUGAGCUGCGUAGGUACAGCACAGAGGGCAUGCAUAUCCGCUGGCCAGUCAUGGGGGCCCAAGAGUACAACCACUGGUUCAGCUGCACGCUCAGACACGCCAAGGGCCUGUUCACAGUCACCGGCUUCCUCAGACGCCCAUCUGACCAAUCCCCCCCAGGACAGCAGGACUACCGCAAGUGGCCUGCCAUCAAAGACAAAGAGAUACUCACCACAACAGUUGCCAUGGUCAUUAAAACACAAUCUCCAUCAGUGAGAGCAGGCCUUGGCUCCCAACAAAAGCUCCACUGCCAGUUUGCUGUUGACCACAAAGGACCAAACGUCACUGUGGAGUGGCACUGGCAGCAUCGUGGAGAGAGAACCAGACUCUUCAGUCAUACCAGCCGCACAGGACAGACCCAGGGGUCUGGGGUUGGGCUGAAGAGCCUAGCAGGCGGGGAUGCUUCCUAUAGCCUCCCCUUCACCAAGAUGAGCAGUGAAGGGACCUACGUUUGUUCGGUGUCAGUGAUUCCGCUCUUCGUCAGUCUGGAUAUAAGUCUGCAUAUUGAAGAGCCUCCCCGUGUCUCCCUCAACGUCGUACCCACUCUCUCGCUGCAGGAGGGCGGGGAGCAGAAGGUUGCUUGUGAGGCAGAGAGUUACUACCCUCUGGAUGUGGAGAUAGUUUGGCACGUGCAGGACCCGGCAGUGUCAGGCCAGAGGGUGGGCGCCCCUCUCCCCAAGGUGCUCCAGAACGUUCUGCUGUCCAGCCACAAACACAACCAGGACAAGACCUACUCGCUGACGGCUUUCUUCUACCUCCAGGCUUCCCUCAGGGACUCAGGGAAACAGUUCACAUGCAGCGUCUCCCAUCAGUCCCUGAGAGUGCCCAUCAAAAAGAGCUUCAUUCUGAUUGUUGAGGAGCCAAUCAGCUGGAUGUUUAACCUCACUGUUGGCACCAUAGUGGUCACACUGGUGGGCGUCCUGUAUGUGCUGCUGAGUUACCUGCACUCAGCAAAAAAAAAAUCUGUGCAGAAGAAGCCAUACUGAGCAGCCUUGGAAGACUGAGCAGCCAACCAAACAUCGAAACACCAGCGAAGGCACACUGUCCUCCUCUCUUCUUCAUUUUUGUUUAAGAAUGUCUCAGACGUUUGUUUUUUGUUUGCUCGUUUGAAGGUGAAUUUGGGUUUCUAUGAAACGGAGUGUGUUUUUUAGAUUGCACUGAUUUUGCUUAUGCUAAGAAAAACUUGAUGUUAAAGUAACAAGGAAUUGGUCUUCUGAAUGCAAGGGUGUAAAUCCCAGAGGGGUCGGUGGGGUCAGGACCCUCCCCCCAGACGAAACAAAAUAUUUAUGUGGAGAAGGCAAGAUAAUUUUAUAAUUAGGCCUAUAAUAUGACCAUGUAGUGAACCUAUGAAACUCAGACAAUCUUAAAGAUUUGUGUUGUUGUUGCCCAGCUAAAACGACAGAGAAAAGAAAAACAGACAUAAGAUCCUCAUAUCAAGACAAUUUGGUAACAUCUUUAUAAGAAUAGGUGCUUAUGGAAAUACUAUUCAGAUCAGAUGUAGGCUAUGCCCAUGUCUGGAUGAACAGCAAUGCACACAUUAUUAAUCUGGUGAAAAUGCAACAAUAACAGUUAAAAGGUACAGAGUAAUGCUUUUACGUGUGGCUCACUGUUUUGUUUGUGUCAUGUGUUUGAAUAAUGAUGCACAUGCAAGUUCACAGGCACCAUGACAGCCUACGUCCCUGCGGCGGAUUUCACACAAUGAUCUACAGGCUGUGGUAAAGCGCAAAGAAGCAAAACAAAUCCUCCAACAUGUAUGGAUCGCAAACAUGAAUGUAAACAAUGUAUGAUUUUAAAUAUUGGGGGAAAAAAUGCUUUGCUAAUGUUUUAUAAGCAGGUAAAUGCAAUUCAACACGUGUUAGACCUCAACGGGAGACACACACACAAAAUGCGUUUUGUUGAGAAAUACUGGAUGUAACUACAACUUUUGUUUAUUUACAAGAAAAGUCCACAGGUUCUUAAAUGGAAUAUAGAUGCUUUGAGCCUAAAAUGUGAGAACACCUGUAGAUGUAGGCCUAUAGCUUAUCAAUGUAAUUGUAUUAAGAUUAAUUUAAACUUAUUGAAUUAAAUACCUUGGGGAAAAUGAA